GGCGCCCCAGGUCCGAGCCUUUUGCUCCCUCGGCCACGGGGAGACCAGGCAGCUGCGCAUCCUCUGCCGCUCCUGCCUGUGGGGGCCCCGCGGAGCAUGUCCGAGGAGAGCGACAUGGAGAAAGCCAUCAAGGAAACUUUCAUUUUAGAAGAAUACAAUAUCAAUUGGACUCAGAAGCUGGGAGCUGGAAUUAGUGGUCCAGUUAGAGUUUGUGUGAAGAAAUCUACCCAAGAACGAUUUGCACUGAAAAUUCUUCUUGAUCGUCCAAAAGCUAGAAAUGAGGUACGUCUGCACAUGAUGUGUGCCACACACCCAAAUAUAGUUCAGAUUAUUGAAGUGUUUGCUAAUAGUGUACAAUUUCCUCAUGAGUCCAGCCCCAGGGCCCGACUCUUAAUUGUAAUGGAGAUGAUGGAAGGGGGAGAGCUAUUUCACAGAAUCAGCCAGCACCGGCACUUUACAGAGAAGCAAGCCAGCCAAGUAACAAAGCAGGCAACUUUGGCUCUGCAGCACUGUCACUUGUUAAACAUCGCACACAGAGACCUCAAGCCUGAAAAUCUGCUUUUCAAGGAUAACUCUUUGGAUGCUCCAGUGAAGUUGUGUGACUUUGGAUUUGCCAAGGUUGAUCAAGGUGACUUAAUGACACCCCAAUUCACCCCUUACUAUGUAGCGCCUCAGGUACUGGAAGCGCAGAGUAGACAUCAGAAGGAGAAAUCUGGCAUCAUACCUACCUCACCAACACCCUACACUUAUAACAAGAGUUGUGACUUAUGGUCCCUAGGAGUGAUUAUUUAUGUGAUGCUCUGUGGUUACCCUCCUUUUUACUCCAAACACCACAGCCGGACUAUCCCUAAGGACAUGCGAAGAAAGAUCAUGACAGGCAGUUUCGAGUUCCCAGAGGAAGAAUGGAGUCAGAUUUCAGAGAUGGCCAAAGAUGUUGUCAGGAAGCUCCUGAAAGUCAAACCAGAGGAAAGACUCACCAUCGAGGGAGUGUUGGACCACCCCUGGCUCAACUCGACUGAGGCCCUGGAUAAUGUGCUACCCUCUGCUCAACUGAUGAUGGAUAAGGCGGUGGUUGCAGGAAUCCAGCAGGCUCAUGCAGAGCAAUUGGCCAACAUGAGAAUCCAGGAUCUAAAAGUCAGUCUCAAACCCCUGCACUCGGUGAACAACCCCAUUCUGCGCAAGAGGAAGUUACUUGGCACCAAGCCAAAGGACGGUGUUUAUAUCCACGACCAUGAGAAUGGAGCCGAGGAUUCAAAUGUUGCUUUGGAAAAGCUCCGAGAUGUGAUUGCUCAGUGUAUUCUCCCCCAGGCUGGUAAAGGAGAAAAUGAAGAUGAGAAGCUGAAUGAAGUAAUGCAGGAAGCUUGGAAGUAUAACCGGGAAUGCAAACUCCUAAGAGAUACUCUGCAAAGCUUCAGCUGGAAUGGUCGUGGAUUCACAGAUAAAGUAGAUCGACUAAAACUGGCAGAAAUUGUGAAGCAAGUGAUAGAAGAGCAAACCACGUUCCAUGAGUCCCAAUAAUGACAGCUUCAAAAAAAUUUUUUUAAUAUUUUGAAAAAUUAUUCUGUAAUAUAUAAAGUAAUUUUUAUGUAAAUUAAUAAAUCAUUUCAUUUCCA